UCAACAUACGAAGCGAAAUCAACAGACGAAGCGAUAUCAACAGACGAAGUGAAAUCAACAGACAAAGCGAUAUCAACAGACGAAGCGAAAUCAACAGACGAAGCGAUACCAACAGACGAAGCGAAAUCAACAGACAAAUUGAUGUCAACCGACAAAGUCAUCAUGGAUGACAGCAGCAGCUCUUCCCCCUCAGUUAUAAUAGUGGCUAUAUCUUUAGGAGCAGUGCUUUUCGUGGCGUUGAUCAUUCUUAUUGCUGUCAUAAUACUAAGGCGAAAAAAGCGUCAGGGAAAAGAUGAAGAAAGUGCUGCGCCGAAGAGCAGUGAAAAAGACCACUUAGCAGGGAGCCAGUAUGAAUCUGUAAAUCCAGUUGAAGCCGCAAAGCUUCUUAGGUCUGCCAACACCUCCCCCGAUGUGAGUAAGACUAGGUACGAACCACCACCAGAAGAUUGUGAAUAUGCCGUUGUCAACAAGGCAAACAAGAAGCGAAAGGAGGCAGACCUUGUGUACGCUCAACUUGCUGAAUUUGACCAUGAAACUGACUUUGCAAAGCCACCAAAACCACCCAGCUAUGAGCCCACGGUAUACGCUGAUGUUGAAGAAAUGCCUCCUGAGUUGCCUGGUAGAGAGGAUCCAGACUCCUCACAGCCAACGUACGCAAAUCUUGAAACGACUGGUGUCUGAAUGAAAAAAACAAACAAACAAAAACAAAAACAAAAAUGUAAUAGAUUUAUGUUAAGAUAAUGGUGUUGGUUUGAACACACCCAGCUGCUGAUGUCCAGUUUAGAGUACUAUAAAUGAAUUUAAAUAAAGUUUUCGCUAGAUGGUAUCGAGGAAAA